CCGCUGAGCUCACAGUAAAGAUGACUCGAUCCUGGCGCCUCUCGUACAUGGAGACGAAAAAUUUCGAAGACGACAAAGAUUGUUAGCCGCGCACAUCCGCCAACUGAAGCUCCGGGUCAACUACCAAUAGCUGAUAAAUGUCGACAAAAAUCGUUGGCUGCGACUGGUGCAAGAACCAGAAUCAUCUGAUCCAUGCAUGCCUCUUCCAACUUGGAACCUAUGGCGAGAUACUGGGCUGCAUUCCGAAGAUCCUUAGGAUUCAUCUCGCUACGAAUCACAGAAUUAUAGUUCAGAGCUGUUCUGAGGCAGUCAAUUCGUUCGAUUCCACGAGCAUGCCCACGGCUACCAGCCAAGAUACAAUCGUUGUCGUAACCGCCGGCCCACCACCUAUAUCCAACCUUCGGAUGUCCACCCCUGAGCCCAAUCCACCCGAUGAACGGCCGUGGAUUGAACAGCGUCCUGCGAUUCCCGUACCAAAGAGCCCACUUCCAACGUUGACGGAUCUACCGGUAGUUAACAAAAAGAGGGAAGGGAUUGGUGCGACGACGAACAGAGCGAGGGGGUGACGAAAAAUGUAGUCGAUGAUGAAACUUUGCCGAACUUUCGCAACCAGAUGGAAUCAUACGACCUAGCCACAGUUUUGGAUCAGAGGCAGCUGUAGAUUCGCAAGUUUCCGAUGAUCCUCGCCAACAAACCGGUUAAUGAAGUA